ACCUCGCGAUAAAACCCAAGCGAACCAGCUGUCACGGCGCGCGAAAGCUCAAACCUUCGUGUUGGUUGUUGGAACAAGCGGGAGGAGAAGAACGGAGACACCGUCUGUGGUUGUGAAUGUUCCCUGAAAGAUUAAAAUAGUGGUUGUUGCUCGGAACUGCUUUUAUCCCGCGUCUGUAACGCGCGUAGCAGAUCGAAGCAGCCGAGUCCGAGCAGGUUUUUUUCGGUGAGAGGAGGCAGAGACUCAGACACUGACUGACCGGAGACAAAGAUGAGCCUGGUUCUGUCCCAACAACAAGCAGAGGAGCCAGCAGCAGCUGCUCCGGAGAGCGACUCGGACAGCGGGAUGGGUUCUCCGGCAGAUGAAGGGGAGGCAAAGACGGAAAGGAGGACGGACGACCCCCCAGACUCUGAUGAUGACAUCACGGCUCACAGAAAGCCUCGCCGUGUCGCCAUCAGAGACAGUGACAGCGAGGAGGAGGAAGCGGCAGAAAACGGCUUCCCUGUGGCAGAAGCUCAGCAGCUAUCCAGCGGCGAGGAGGAGCAGAGCAGCAGGAAAGGAGCGCAGAGGAGAGUUGCCCACCGGCUCACCGACAGCGAGGACGGCGAGUCGGAUGGAAGGGAGGAGUCGCAGCAGGCAGAGGCGAAGAACAGAGAGAAGAGCCGGAGGCGGCGUGAGAAACAGGAGAGGCGAAGUAACGCGGUGGAGAAGCUGAAGAGGAGGAGGUUUGGCGAUGAAAAUGAGGGUGGUGCUUUGCCGCGAUCGCUGAACGACAGCGGGUGUCCGUUGGGCGACACGGACCUGUUCGACACAGGGCUAAACGACGAAGAAGAGGAGGAGGAGGAAUCUUUGGACGCCAUCCGAGCUGCAGUCAAGCAGAAGAUGAAAAAGCAGGAGGAACGCCUUCUAAGUGAGGGGGAUGACGAUGACGAGGCAGCGGAGAAGCCCCACCGCGCGGAGAGGAAGGCGGCGAGGGCGAGCCGAGAGGCCAUGAAGCAGCUGCACAGCGAGUCGCAGCGCCUGAUCCGAGAGUCCUCUUUGGGUCUGCCAUACCACAUCCCAGAGCCCAAAAGCAUCCACGACUUCUACAGGAGAAAAGCCCGCCCCCAGGGUCCCGCAAUGGCACUGCUCAAAUCUUCAAAAUACUCUCAGAUGAUGUUGGAGACGCCGCCCGACGCUCCUCCCGUGAAGGAGUCCAGCCAACCAACUACAGAGCAGGAAACCCCUGCUUCCCUGGAGCCCUCAACCAAUCAGAUUGAGUCUUUGCCUGUGCCCUCAGCGACCUCGUCCCCGCAGCAAGAGAGAGAGAGAGCCCACGGAGAGAGUCUCUGUGGGCCAGACGGAGCUUCUGGAGGUUCUGAUCCGGAGCUGGAAUCGGGCCCGAUGCUUUAUCUGUCGGAGAGUCUGCAGGAGUCAGACGCAACGGAGAAACCUGUUUCUGACUGCGAGCGGGGAAGCCUGGCCCCGCCUCCAGAGGAAACCAGAACUGCUGCAGAGUCGGGCUCUGAGGUCCAGCAGCAAGAGGAGGCGGAGCCUCCUGCUCCUCUGCUCGUCAAAACCAGGAAGCUGAAAAGACUGAAGGAGCUGGGCCUGGACCCCCCGCCUGUGGCAAAGCUGUGCGCGGACGAGGGCGCUUUCGUUCAGCUGGAGCCCCCCCAACUCAACCCAGGCGUAGCGGCCCUGAAAGAACGCUACCUUCGUCACAUUCAACCCCCGGCGCACCCCCCCGGAGAGCGCACGCUCCAGCUCAACAUCGUGCGCAAAGACAGCGCCCCCUCAGGGCAGGAGGAACUGCGGUCCGAGACGCUCACGAUCACUGUCAAAGAUGGCGCCGAAGAGCCGGUCCCCGCCAAACCAGGAGAGAAGCUGCUGAGUCUAAAGCAGCGCCUGCAGCUCGCCAUGGCACAGCGGCGCAGGGAGGAGCGGGCCCGCAGGGCUGAGCUGCACCGCCUGGACAACGAAGACUGUGAGGAGGAGGAAGAGGAGGAGGACAUGACAGAUGAGUCGGAGGAAGAGGAGGGGUUGGAUGACUUGUUGGGCGGCGCUGAAGAAGAAGGCGAGGUGGCGCCUGUGUCCGACCUUGUCCACGCCGACGGCACCCUCAUGCUGUUUCCCGGCAGCUCGUGCUCUCGUACCGGCGACGGCGUCAGGAGAGCGCCGCCACCUGGGCCCGACAGCAGCAACAAGACUGAGGAGGAGGACUCCCUGUCCCUGGUGAAGGACAUGAGCCACAACAGCAGCUUCGAGCUGGCAGGAUCCAUGCUCACCUCCUACCAGCCCGUCAACAACCAGCGCGCCACCGGGAGAGCGGCAUUCGGCUCCGCCGCCUUCCGGUCGCCAUCGCCAUGCUUCUUCAGGCCCAACUUCCUUGGCUCGGCCUCGAAGAGUUCUGGAAAACUCUCGGAGCCGUCCCUCUGCCUCCCGGUGGAGGACUCUCAGGACCUGUAUGCCCCCCCAUCCCCCGGCGCAGACUCAGGCCAGCUGGCGGGGCCCUCCUCCAGUCGUGGAGUGGGCGGAGACUCGCAGGGGCGCUUCUCCCUGGAGGACGACGCCCAGUCCCAGCUUCUGGACGCAGACGGUUUCCUGAAUGUGGGGCCGAGGCCCGGGGUGGCCCCCUCCCUCAAGAGGUCGCUGGUGCUGGACAAUCUGGACGAGAACGCCAUGGACGGGAACAUGGGGGAGCUGCUGGGGCUGUGCUCAGGGGGGUUCGGCACGGGGGAGGAGAGCGCCUCAGGGCCGAGCGGCGGCCUCGGAGCCACGCAGGAGGACGAGCUGCUGGGGCUGUGCUCUGGGGCGUUCCCGCCAACACAGCAGGCGUCGGAGAACACCAUGAGCGAGCUCCUGGGGCUCUGCUCAGGAAAAUUCUCCAGUCCUGGUGAGUCUGCGAUGGAUCCAAACACCAGACCGGAGAUCCGUCCAGCUGCUUUCACUCCAGAGGUGAAAGCAUCAGAGGUGAAGAUGCAGGAGGAAGAGCAGGAGGAAGAGGAGGACUGCGAGUUCCACCUUCUAUCAGACAUCGACAGCGCUCAGGAGGAAGAGGACAGAGAAGAAGACAAGGAGGAAGAGGACGGAGACUCAAGCGACGCAGAGAACAACGAGGUGGAAGAGGAGGAGCUGCAGGGUUUGUUUGCUCCUCUGCGUGUCAAGAGGAGGAAGAAGAAGAAAAUGACUUUGAUGGACUACGUGGAGUCGGAGGCGGAGCUUUCGGGGAGCGACGUUGGUAGCGAAGACGAGGACGACGAGCGAGGAAGCGAGUAUGAGGAGGAGGAGUCCCUGGAGGAGCUGCCGUCUGACGAAGAGCUGCAGGACCAAGUCAACAAGAUCCACAUGAAGCAGGUUCUGGAUGAUGACAAGCGCCGCCUCAGGCUCUACCAGGAGCGGUACCUGGCUGAUGGGGACCUGCACUCUGACGGGCCGGGUCGGGCCCGCCGGUUCCGCUGGAAGAACAUGGAUGAAGGUUUUAACACAGAGAGGGGGGGACAUGAUGGCGAGGAAGGCGGUGAGGAAGAUGACGUGGACCCCGCCGAAGUCCAGAGGAGGAAGGAGCGACUGGAAAGGGAGCAGUGGCUCAGGGAGCAGUCCGAACAGAAGAAAGGCGGUCUGGAUGCCGACGACGAGAAGAUGGGAGACGAGGACAGUCGAUUCAUGAAGCUGGCCCGGAAGCUGACGGUCAGGACGCUGCAGAACAAAGCAGAACAGUCUGCGGCUCCUCUACCAGAGAAGAAGAGGAGCUCUGCUCUAAACCCGUUCCAAAACUCCCAGCAACCUCGGCAGGUGAGGAGGGGCUCGCUGCUCAGCCAGCCACAGUCCGUCCUGCAGAAACUGGCCUCCAUCUCGGAGACGAACCCCCUGGCUCCCAGAAACAGCCGCGGGUUCCUGUUUCAGACUCUGUCUCCCGAAAAGACCGCAGCAGCAGGCGACCCUCAGAAAAAGAUGGUGAAGAAGAGGAGCCAGGUGGAGGCCGUGAAGCCAUCUGCGAAGAGGCCGCGCACAGAUGAAAACGUCCUGAAAACAAAGAACUCUCAGAGGAGUAUUUUCAGCUUUCUGGACCACUGAAGUAGAGCGUGUCGGUCACAUGAUCAGUCACAUGAUCUGACUGUUCAGCUCCUCUACAUGAACUUAACCAAUGCAUUUCUAAUCCUGUAAAUAAACUAGAUUUUAUGAUCCUGUAUGAUGCUUAUGUUGUUUUACUGUGUAAAUAAAAGUGUAUUUUAACCCGUCA